AUGACAUUACAAACAAAUAAAAAUGAUCUAAUAUGUUAUUUAUGUGGAAAUAUUUACACAAAUCCAAUUUUUCUUUCACCAUGUGGUCAUUCAUUUGAUCGUGAAUGCAUUCUUCAACAUCAGACUUGUCCUAUAGAACGUUGUAAUGCGUAUGUUUAUGAAACAUCUUUAAUACCAAAUCAUACUAUUAAAAGUCUUGUUGAUCGUCAUUAUCAAUUGACACAAUGUAUAUAUGAAAUAUUUUUAUUGGAUACAAGUACAUCAAUGUGGUAUUCAGAUUUUUAUAUUAAAUAUAUUGGUAAAAGUCGAUUUCAGGCAGCUAUUGAAUUUUUAACAAAAAUUUUUGAACAAAGAUGGAAUUCAACAACAAAUCAAAUCUCAUUAGUUACAUUUGAUACAAAUCCAUAUGAACGAUUUUCAUUUGAAAUGAUUCGUGAGCAUCAUAUUAAAAUUCUACAAAAACUUCAACCAGAUGGUGCAUAUACGGCUUUAUUCGAUGCUAUUAAAUUCUGUUUAAAAAAAUUUGAAAAUUUAAAUCAAAAAAUUAAUCGUUCUACAACACAAUGUCUUUAUAUUCUUACUGAUGGUGGUGAUAAUUUUAGUGCAAGUGGUAAUCAACAACAUUAUAUCCAUUAUGUUAAAGAACAAAGUCAAAAAUUAAAUAUCAGCGGACAUAUUAUACAAAUCGGAGAUAAAAAUCUUACUAAUACCAAAGAUGUUUGUGAUAAAAUUGAUUAUCACUUUCAUCAUUUUAAUAAUGGUAAUGCACCAGAAUUCACUAAAUCAUUUUUAUUAUCACCUGAUCACUAUACACAAACACUCCAGCAAACAAUUGAUGCAUUACCUAUGGCUCAUACCGAGCCUAUUCAAUCAAAUGUAAUCGGCAAUAAGAUUGCUGUUUAUGAAUGA